AUGGAAAAACAAUCAAUACCUCGGCAUCGACCGCAGUGGUGGAGAGCAACCACUUGGGUCGUGGGAGCAGUGGGUUUAGUGGGUCUCGCGAGACUCCAUCGUUUCGCGGGCGACCACUUCGGCCUCAGCAUCACUGGUGCUAGUGCUCGGGUUGGUUCUCCCUAUGGCAAAUUUCCACUAGAGAAUGACCCCUUUCAUUUUCUGCCAUGCACAAAUUCAAGCUUUCUGCCACCACUCGACGACCCCCAACCUCAGCAAUCAUGGGCAGCGCGAUUCGACCCAAACGCAGACCACUGGAACUGGGGCCAGCCUAGCUCAAAUGGCAUGAGGAUUGACGACCCCUACGCUGGUCGUGGUAUUUACUUAUGUGGCUAUCUCGACUUACCGCUCGACCAUCUGAACGGCUCGGAGACUCGAAUUGUCCGUCUGGCUGUGACCAAGUUCCAAGUCUCGGGCCUGGCUCACCUUGGCGCACCCGAUGCUUCAUUCAAUGCCGGUCGCAAGAGUGCGCGCACCAUGAUCAUUGAGCCCGGGGGCCCUGGAGAUAGUGGAACUUCUUAUGUCUGGGCCGCCGCUGAACAACUCUCGGACCGUUUCAGUGACGGACAAUUUGAUGUGCUGGGAUGGGAUCCACGGGGUGUUAACAUGUCACUCCCGGCCGUGUCAUGUUUUCCUCAUGAUGUGCUCCGUGACCGAUGGUCGCUCCUCACGAGGCAGUACCGCGAAGUAACAAACCCGAUGCACCAGUUGGAGAUUGCCGAUGCCAUGAACGACGCGAUGUUCUACGCCUGUCGGCAGCGGGUUGGUGAUUUCGGUCGCUUCAUCAGCACAGCGUCUGUUGCGCGCGACCUUGAGGCAAUCCGAAAAGCACUCGACGAGGACGAAGUAACUACGUAUCUAACCAGCUACGGCUCGGGAAUCGGUCAGACCUACGCCAAUAUGUUCCCUGACAAAGUUGGCCGCAUGAUCUUUGACGGGACCGAAUACGUCAAGGACCACCGCCUCUUAGGCGGUUUUGGCUGGACAUCCCUCGGCAAUACCACAGACGCUUGGAACGACGGGUUCUUGGGCGAAUGUAUCAACGCCGGCCCUAGAUGGUGCGCUUUAGCAAAGCCGCUCGACAAGGACGACCCAGUCACCCUUGCGCAGCUAGAAGCGCGCAUGGCCAAGCUCCUAAGAUCGCUUAUUACUCGGCCAGUUCCCGCAUACACAGAGCACGGUGGUCCAUCUUUAAUCACAUACUCUGCGCUUGUGGGCGCUCUUUACCCAACAAUGUACGAUCCGAACGGAUGGCCAAACGCCGCACAGAUGCUCUACGAGCUCGAAGCAGGAAACGCAACCCUUGCAGCUAUCUUCCUCGACCGUACCUGGGGUUAUAAUCCCACACAAUCAUCGCCGUCACAUCCCUCCACACGCGAACUCACAUAUCUAGUCAUUUGCGCCGAUGCCUACGACGCCCCACUCCCAGAAGACGGACUUCGGUGGUGGGAUCAACUAUGGGAUAACAUGACAACUCAGAGCUGGAUUGCAGGCAAUUCUCGCUUCUCUGAUGUUCUGCCCUGUCGAUACUAUAACAAGUAUUGGUCUAGUCCUGCGGAAGUAUAUCGGGGCGAUUUAAACCAUACUCUCAAGACGCCGGUUUUGCUUAUCGCCGCGGUGUAUGAUCCUGCAACACCCUUGCGGAAUGGAAGAAGGCUUCUUGGGGAUAUGGGCCGGAAUGCGCGACUGAUUGUUCACCAUGGGUAUGGACAUACUUCUAGGUGGGAUAGAUCGGACUGCACGGACCUGAUGGCGAAAGCGUACAUCCUGCAUGGAAUACUUCCCGACGAACAGGAAACCGACUGUUAUGCCAAUAAGAAACCCUACGUGCCUGUAUGA